UUCUUGUUCCUCUCUUCUGGUCAAGCCAUCAAUACUUGAUCGUGUCUUGAACCGCCAUGGCAUACGGAGUACCUCACGCUACAGCCUUCAUGGCGUGUGCGAAGUACCCAAGUACCUACUACUCCUCAACCGGGGCGAGCUCCUUCCUCGCACCAAUCUCUCUCCUCUUCUCUCCUCUCCUCUCCUCUCCUUCCUUCGCUUACCACAAGGUGCAUAUACAAGGUUCGUUAAAUUUUUCAGGCUCCACUUCGACAGAUGCCAAUUUCUUCUCCGUCCUCUCUCGUCGUUAUCCUUCAAUCCAAUCAUGGUCCCUCUUCGCUCUUCAGCGUUGCUCAUAACACACCAUUCUCGAUCGCUAUCGCUCAGCGAGCUCGACACUAAGAAUGCAGCCCCUCACUCCACUGCAAGCUAAACCGCCAACCCCGCCAAUAGCUCUCCCAGACAACUGCCGUCCCCUGUCAACUACUGCUUCGUCUUCCAGGUCCUCCCAUGCAGCCUGGCUCUCUUGCAGCUAAGAAACUGCUGGUCUCGAAGAGAGGCACAGUCAACGCUCCAAUGAGCGAGCAUAGCGACCCCAAUGGCUUGGGGUUCAAAGAGAGCAGCGCCACAAAACAACACGCUAUGAACAAUCGUUCCUCUAUCCCAGUCAUCCAACGGCAGGCAGACUAAACGCCAAUUGACUGUGGGAAGGCUGCUUCAUAUAUCUGCCUUUUUCUUCCCGUGAUCCACCUUGCAAGUCUAUUGACCAGGGCGACCCGGGCGAG